AGUUUCAGCUCGAUCUGUGCCCCGACGCGCCCGUCCUCUGUGCAUCGCGCACUGCUUUAGUCGACUCUGCCUCGACCAUGUCCGCUGCUGUCGCGGCUCCCGAGAUGGAAGAUUUGAAGGCACCGAAGAUGAUGUGCUACCAAUGCGAGCAGACCAACUCCGGAAUGGGCUGCACCACAGUUGGAGUCUGCAAGAAGUCGGCAGACACUGCAGGCUUGCAAGAUCUACAGAUGCAGUACACCUUCCGGCUGUGCCAGCUGGCUUCCAUUGAUUCGGGCCCCUAUGAAGAGCAGUGCCGGCAGUUGGUGCUGGAGACCUUCUUCUCCACCUUGACGAAUGUGAACUUUGACAACACCCGCUUUCAGAGCUAUUUGAAGCAGUCAGCCACCUUGAUCCACAAGAUGGAGGAGCAUUUGAAGCACGCGGGCUUCGAGGCACCGGUGCAGAACGCCACCCUUCCCAAGGUGAAGAAGGCGGGCUACGAGACGGACCCCGCAGUGGAGAGCACCGUGGAGGAGCUCUUAAAGCAAGCGGAGCCCACGGGAAUCUUGGCGCGCUCGGCCCUGGUGGGCAACGAAGACAUCUUCGGCGUUCUGGAGAUGCUGACCUAUGGACUUAAGGGCACCUGCGCCUACUUCUACCAUGCGGAGGAGCUGAAAGCUGGAGACGCUGCUUAUGCCGAGGGUGAGCGCGAGCAGAUCUAUCAGGAGAUCUACCGCGUGGGGGCUUUCUUGGCAGAGGCGUGUUGCAGCAAGCCCAAGGAGGAUGCGCUCACUGUGGGUUUAACUGAGUGCUUGCAAAUGGGCGCUUUAAACCUGCAGGUGAUGAAAUGUUUGGAUGCCGCCCACACCACCCUCUUGGGCUCGCCGGAACCCACGGAGGUCUCCCAGGAAACGCCGGAGGGACCUGCGAUCCUAGUGAGCGGCCACGAUCUGGCCGUUUUGCUGCGCUUGUUGCAGCAAACGGAGGGGACGGGAUUGAACGUCUAUACCCAUGGAGAGAUGCUGCCAGCGCACUCCUACCCCAACUUGAAGAAGUACACGCACCUGAAGGGUCACUUCGGCACUCACUGGGGCAAUCAAGUGAAGGAGUUCCGACACUUCCCGGGCUCCAUCCUGAUGACCAGCAAUUGCUUGAUGCCUCCUCAGGGCAAGUACAAGGACCGCAUCUGGACGUGCGGACCAGUGGGCUUCGAGAAGCUUCCAAACACCCUGAACCACGACUACUCUCCACUCAUCGAACAGGCCAAGCAGUUCGCAGACAAGAUCCCCGUGCCGCGCUCGGGGCAGAUUCCACACCAGAAGCUCACCAUUGGCUUCGGACAUGCGGCAGUGCUGGGCGUUGCAGAGACGGUGGUUGGAGCCAUCAAGUCUGGAGCACUCAAGCACGUCUUUGUCAUCGGAGGCUGUGAUGGCACUGAAAGUUCCCGGAGCUAUUUUACCGAUUUGGCCAAUGAUACCCCUCCGGACUCCAUCAUCCUCACCUUGGGCUGUGGAAAAUUCCGGUUAAACAACUUGGACCUCGGCACGCUUGGCGGCUUGCCACGGCUCCUGGAUGUGGGUCAAUGCAACGAUGCCUACUCCGCGGUCAUCAUCGCCACGAAGCUCGCCGAGGCGCUGGGCUGCACGGUCCACGACCUGCCAUUGCACUUCGCAGUCUCGUGGUUUGAACAGAAGGCCGUGGCCGUGCUAUUGACUUUGCUUCAUUUGAACCUCAAGAACAUCCGCCUGGGCCCUAACUUGCCAGGAUUCAUCACAGGGAACGUUUUGAAGGUGCUGAACGAGAAGUUCGGGCUGAAACCCGCAAGGCUGCAUGAGGAGGAUGAAGACUUGGCGGAAAUGCUCAGUGGCAAGUGAGUCUCCACGCCACAUGAGUCUCCACGCGCAACACCGCGCGCGGUGCGCGACGCCGUCUGCACAGAGGAGGGCGUGGCUCUUGGGAUUGCUGAUCAUGGUGAUGUGCUUUGGAUAGGAUCAAAACCGAACCUGGCAACCAUGGCGAUUGUGG